AUGGAGUCACCACAGCGAACGCCUACUGCAGAAGAUGGACCUACUUUAUCUAUAUCAAAUAAACCAAACAAGUCAAUUGCUUCCAAACUAAACAAAAUUUUGAAUUCAUCAACAGUAGAUGACACUAGAACUAAACUAGCUUUGACAUCACUCUCAGAUAUUCCAGGCUUAGAUGAAGCAAGCUUAAGACGUAAUUUACGUGGAACGAUUGAGAAAAAAGAAGUGGAAACCAAUAAAAAGUUUCUCGAGACUUUUGGAAAAGUUGUUAUGCAAUUUGAUAAACUACAAAGUCAAGCCAAAAGAAUGCAGGAUACUUGUACUAUUAUGAAACAGCAGUUGUCAAGGGCUGAGUCAGAAACAACAGAAGUCAUAGAGCAAGCAAAUAUCAUGCAGGAACAGAGCUCUGCUUAUUCCGAUCAGAUCGCGAUCAUUGACAAGUUUAUAGAGAAGUUCUCCUUGAGUGAACAAGAAAUCAGUAUAUUGAACACCCCGUCAGAACCGGUCAAUGAUGAAUUCUUUGUAGCGUUGGAUCAUCUUCAGCAGAUACAUAAAGACUGUCAGUUACUGUUGACAACAAAAAAUCAGAAAGCAGGUCGAGAAAUAAUGGAUUCUCUGGCACAAUAUCAAGAGAAUGCCUAUGAUAAACUAUACAAAUGGACACAGUAUGAAAGCAGACUGGCAUUUGGAGGAGAUAUUAUUGAUGUGAGCGCCUUAAUGGCAAAGGCUCUCAAAGCACUUAUGCGAAGACCAGUUUUAUUCCAAACGAUUUUGGAUGAGCUUGCAGCAGCAAGGCAUGAUGCGGUAGCACGUGCUUUCUUGAACGCAUUGACAAGAGGAGGCCCUGGCGGCACACCAAGGCCAAUAGAGCUCCAGGCACCAGAUCCUCUUCGAUAUGUAGGUGACAUGCUUGCUUGGGUCCAUCAAGCUUGUGCAGGAGAAAAAGAAAUGCUUGAGAGUUUAUUUCAAAAGAACAAUGAAAAAUACCAAGAUACUACUGGAGUAAUUGUUCAAGUAUCCGAUACUGUCGAUGAUCUUUUGGAAUGUGCUAUGGAAGGAACUUGCAGACCAUUAAAGUCACGAAUAGAACAAGUACUUGUACUUCAGCCAAAUGCUAUAACAUCGUAUAGAUUGGCCAACCUGGUUCAAUUUUACUCAGUCACCCUUAGAAAGUUGAUGAGAAAGGACGCAACCACCGUUAUCUUAUACUUUUUUCUAAGAAUGACAGGCUUGGCCUAUAAGCAUUUCUUUCAAACCCUAAAUGCCCAAGCAGAAAGAUUAAGAGAAUAUACAGAGCCUCCAGGUAGAAACUUGGCCAUUACACCAACCGUUAGGGGGAUGAUAACACAACUGAAAGAAAUUCUUGCUUCAUAUGACUCUUCUCUUAUCGUAGUUACAAACAACACAGACAACGUUCCUGAAUACAGCUUUUCUGAAAUUUUAGAUGCUAUAAUAGAACCUUUGUUGCAUACCUGUGAAUUAUCUGUAGUUGAAUUGAAACCUAUAGACCAGCAUAUAUACUUAGUCAACUGCUUGCAUUAUAUACAAAAUGUUCUAUUCCCUUAUUCAUUUACAGAGGCCAAAAGAGAGAGUAUUUCUGUGCGGCUGAAUGAUAUUUUAAAUGACAUCGCAAUGGAAGAGUAUAAUUCAUUACUAAGCCAAGCAAAGUUGGCUGAGAUUAAAGAAACUCUGGCUAAUAAGGACCCUGAGAUUCCAUUGUCAUCUUUACCUGACAUGGAUACCGUGUCACUAACCAAUGCUUUGUCUAAACUUGACUCGUCUUUAGUUAUUUUGAGUGCAGACGUGUCUCCUCGUUUAGACAAACUAGCUUCAGCACAACAUUAUCAGCAUGUUCAGUCCGCAGCUAUUCGUCUACUAUUGGAUACCUACAGUGAAAUUAGUAAAGCAGUCCAAGAUCCAAAGAAUGGGUACGAGGAUCCUGAUUCUAUUUUACCCAGGACAGUAGAAGAUAUGGAAGCAAUAUUUUCAUUCUGCUUUACUGAAUAA